GAAAGGUCAUGUGUUCAACUAUCAUUACUUAAUGACUUAAAAAUGGUUACAUUUAGUCAUUAAACAUACAACUAUCGUUUUCUCACGCCUAAUCGCUCUAAACCAAACCCCACCCACUCUUAAACAACAUUAUCAAAUCACUAAAAAGGAAUUAAUCAUAAGAACACAACAGAAGCAAAUGAUCCCAAGAAGCUACUAAUCUAAGCCAGUGCCAACUAAGAGAACCAUUAGAGAAAUGGCAGAUUCCGACAUAGAGACCAACAGCAACCACUCAACCGCAUCAACGACAAGUGUUCAUGUUUCAGCUCUUGACGGGAUAGUCAACGCAAAUUCACUCUUCACAGUUGCAGUCUUUGUGGGAAUCACAUUCGACCAACCACGUGUCCUCAACCUCGCGGACAGGACAGAGUGCAACGCGGGACUAGACGUGGAACGAGACCUCGUUGUGUUCGAAGUAAUCUCGUUUGCAUUCUUCCUCUUCUCCUCCCUCGUGGCUCAAGGGCUGAAGCUAACCAUCAACUUGUUGAACAGCAAAGAAACCGACGAUGUUUUUAAAGCAAAUAUCAACAGUGAUCUGCUUCGUCUCGGUGUGGUUGGUGCAGCUGGUGGGUCCAUUUUGGGCUGUGUGUUCCUUCUGUUGUCGAUGGUUGAAGUUAUUCAGCUCCGUCUCGGGCUGCUCUCUUGUGGUAACUCAUUGGCGGUUCAUACUGUGUUAGCGCUUGUGAUCUUGGUCUCUUCUGCCCUCAGUGUUUAUAUUUUCACUAUAUUCUACUCUUUCAGGAAAUAACUGAUUAUAUCUUUUUGCAUAUAUAAAAAACUUGAUAGUUAUAAUUUUGUAGAGUAACAUAUAGUUGUCAAAUUAGUGAUAUAAGUAUACACAUGUAUCUUGGUUACUUACGUACAGAGAAAAUAAUGUUUAAUAAACGUAAGCAAAUAUGUAUGUUUCGGUAAACUGUACCGAGAAUGUAAAGUACCUUGCUUGAAUCGUUAGUUUGUAUUGCUUUCGGUCCAUACCUUUGUUGUUGUGGUGUUUGGUGCUUGUUG